AUGGAUGACAAGCUCCUUUUGGCGGCUUUCCACAAUGGGGUUCAUUCUGACUUGUUAAUCCACAAGUUAUAUGAGCAGGAGCCUCAAACCAUGGCUGAACUAGUCCAUUCAACCCAGAACUUUAUGAAUGUAGAAGAUGCUAUCAUAGCCAAGAAGAGGAAGAGAGUUGAGAAAAUGGAAGCCAACCCAACAUGCCAUUCAGAACAAGGUCCUCGUCCUAAAAAGGGACGAACGGAAGACAAGAAGGAUCGGGACAAGAAGGCGGGCCCCUCAGCACGAAGUCAACAGUAUACACCACUGAACGUGCCGCUCGAGCAAGUCCUUAUGCAAAUCAAGGAUGAUCCUUCCUUAAAGUGGCCAAAGAAAAUGAAAGGAGAUCCUAAUAAGUGCAAUAGGAAUAAGUAUUGUCGCUUCCAUAGAGACCAUGGGCAUGAUACGGAUGAAUGUUUUGAUCUAAAGCAGCAGAUUAAGAAUCUUAUAAGGCAGGGAAAAUUGAGGAGUUUCCUUGGACGAGACCACAAGGACGAGAAAUUCAAGGGUAAAGUAGAAGAGUCAUCACGACUACCUCUCGGAGAAAUCAGAGUUAUUAUAGGCGGAAGUUCUACUAGCCAGUCGUCCAAGUCCAAGAAGGCAUACCUGAAGGUGGUGCAGAGCGUCCAACUCUCUGGAUGGUCACCAAGAGAAAGGACCACAAACGAACAAGCAAUCACAUUCAUGGAAGAUGAAGCUGAAAGAAUUCACCAUCCUCACGACGAUGCUAUCGUCAUUACCUUGCUUAUUGCUGACUACACAACCAGAAGGGUGCUGGUGGAUAAUGGAAGCUCGGCAAAUAUUUUGUAUUUUUCAGCUUUUCAGCAGAUGAGGCUAGGACGAGACCGGCUUCAUCCAGUGAAUUCUCCCCUGGUAGGUUUUGGUGGAAUGAAGGUGCAGCCCGUGGGUACUAUUUGUGAGAAACCACGCCCCCGGCCCCCUUUCAUGAGACGUUGGGCCAAACCCUCGUGA